UUCCGCUGAGUCGGCGCUCCGUCGGUGAUCCGCGUCUCGCCUCCAAUUCGGCGUGGCGGAGGCUUUAUUAUUUUAUUAUUCUUCGCAUUAUUGCGAUCUCGGAACAAAGUCCGCCGCGACGAUAAGGAAAAGUAGGAACGGUUUUUAAAAAAAAAACAUUUUAAAGACGCGGUGGUUUUCGUUAUUUAUUUAUUUAACAGCGCGACCGCGGACUUUCGACUCCCGUUCACUGGGGCAGAGCGCGGCGGCGAGGUUGAAACCAAAGGAACCUGCUCACAGCGAGAUGACGUCGGCGAAGUUGUCAGAGCUGUACCUGGACCACGUGACGCAGGUGUGCAGGGCACGUGCUGUCAAGACGUUCGUGCGUGCCCAGUUCAACUUUGACCCAAAGUCGCAGGGCGUCCUGAACCGUCCCCACGACGGUCUCGCCUUCCGCAGCGGCGACGUCCUCCGCGUGAAGUCGCGCGCCAAGUGGGACUGGUGGGAGGGUGAGAAGGAAGAUGGUUCGACCGGGAUGAUACCCUCCCGAGACCUGGUGGAAUGUCACAGCGUGAGCUCCAAACCUGUCGAGCCUCAGCCCAAGUCCAGCUUCCUGGGUUUGAUCCGGGCCAAAGGCUUGCGUGGACCCUACAUGGCCCAGCACUGCUCGGUGUUCGACGAUCUGGACACGCUGUCGUACGAGGAAGUCGUCAAGCUUCCUCCGUUCCCACGGAGAACCCUCGUGCUGCUGGGAGCUCCCGGUGUCGGCAGGAGUCAUAUUAAGACCGUACUGCUCUCCACCGACCCUGACACGUUCAAGACUCCGGUGCUCUACACGACGGAGCACCCGACCUCUCCGAACGGCGACGCUGCCCCCAACUCCGGGGCAGGGGCGGCACCGGGGACAGCGGGUGGGGCUGCGCAAGAUUCCGGCCCGUAUCAGCUGGUGUCGGACGUGGAGAUGCGUGGGUGGGUGACGCGUGGGGAGAUGGUGGAGUACGGGAACCACGGGGAGGCCAUGCUGGGACUGCGCCUCCAGUGUGUGCGUGACAUCAUGCAGGGAGACGCCGUGUGCGUGCUCGAUGUGCAACCGCAGGCCCUGAAGGUUCUACGCUCGCCCGACUUUGCGCCCUUCGUCGUGUUCGUGGCUCCGCCAGCCAGCAUCGGCGAGGCCUUCCAGGCGGAGUCCCGGGAGCUGCAGGCCUCGGUGAUGCACCUCGUCGACCUCGUCGUGGUGAACGAGGUGACGCACGACAGCGCCACCCUCAUCGCCAGCGCCGUGCGCACCGCCGGGGAGACGCACAACUGGGUGCCACUCUCCUGGCUCCUGUGAGGGGCACCCAGCCUGGCACGACACCACCCGGCACUGCUCAGUACCGCCUCGCACUACCUGGUAUUGCCCAGCAAUGCCUAGCAAAUGCAUGGCAUUGCCUAGUAAUGCCAAACAAUGCCUAGUAUUGCAAAGUAGCGCAUGGUAUUAUCUAGGAAUGCGUUACAUGGCCUAGCAAUGCCUGGCAUUGCCCCGUUGGCACUGCGUGACAUUGCUGGGGCGGUAAGCGUCGCUCCGCUGGGUGGUACCGCACCGUCUGCCUCCGCACCACGCCGCGCGCUUCUCCUGCACGCUCGGAAACUCGGCUCUCUGCUCCGGCAAUCCCCCCAGCCGGCAAACCCCCGGGGGCGACGCUGCAAUCGCCCCAGCGCCGACGGCCACUGUUCUCCCCGCACCCCCCACCCCCCACCAGCACUGCUCUGCGUUGUUGUGUCCCAUGUUCUGGGGCGUUUAGCGGCCAGCCGCGUUCGUUCUCACGGUCUCUUUCACGCCGCUUCGUUCCCAAAUCGCAUUUCAAAAAUGUUCGUUUCUCAUGGCUUGUCUGAUGUCGUUGUUUUUUGUUGCGCAAGUUUCAAAUGUUUAACAUUACUGCCGUUGUUGUUGUUGUUGUUGUUGCCGAAUUUGAUAUCUCUCGCUCCCGCCAUGGGAAUGUGGAAAUUUCCACAGCUGGCUCAGGGUCACAGACAGGGGGAGAGAAGACGGGCGUUUAGCUGUUCAAACACCAAAUAGGUGCCUUUCGCAAGGCAUCAGGUCUGCAUUAACCACACGUACUUGUGGAAAAACAUUAUCUCGUAAUAUAGUAAUUGUCUUUGAAACUGAUUGGCCUACACCAGAGGCAGCAUUCUUUAUGGCAGGGGUGGGGAACGUCCGGCCCGCGGACCGUAUAAGGCCCGCAAAAUCAUUUGGUCUGGCCCUGCCAAGGCAACUGCACGACUCGAAAUUCAAUAAAUCUAGGAGCUUUUUUCAUAGCAACAUGAUGUUAUAAAUAUCCAAAUUGCCCUUGGCAGAAAAAAGGUUCCCCACCCCUGUUUAUGGCCUUGUCUCACCAGUGUUAGACCAGAGAACGCCAAAAGACAGUAAAAAGUAAUCAUUUUGGAUACUGGAAAAAAGCUCCCAUAGACAUAGGGGAGGGAAGAUUUGACAUUUCACUUUAAAGAAACACCAAAAAAAGACGUGGUCCAGAGUUUCACAGCUGAAAGCAAUGCCGCGGCGGGUUUCGAGUCCUUAACGGGAACUCGUGGUGCCGUGCCGAUUCGGGCUUCUGUUCUGCUUGGUUUGGCACGGACUCGCGCACCACCACUUUACUUACUCCCUCAAACGAGGAUCCAAUCAAACUCUGUAUAUCAAAAUUUCAAAAGUGCAAUUUGCGCGCAAUGUUUUACACGGCACGCGCACAGCGCGUAAUGUCGCUCUUUAUCCGAAGCUGUUUUGUCCGUCGAACUUUGAGGAACUAGAGGGGGCACUGGGACAGGCGAGUCUUCAUCGCAAGAUCUAUGAACUACAUUCGAAUUUUCCCGUUUCCAAAAUGCACGCGUGUUUGUAUCAUUUGAGAGUGCAUACAACGUGAUCUGGAGCGGGGACAAUAAGCGUUUAGCGGGUUUUUUUUGUCUCCCAAGCACGUAGCGCGAAACGCCGGACAUCGUGCUGAACAGCACGUGGUGAUGGCUUGCUGAAGCCAUUCCGCGAACGCCUCACGCGGCGGUGAAAUUAGCGCCGAGUGGAGGGUCGGGUAUCGACGGACGGUCGAAUUAGUGCGUAAACGAACUCCGUGUCGCCACAGUGGUUGUAACCGAUCCGAUCCAUUUGGGGCUAAAAUCCAGGUCGUGGGGGUUGACUUGCCUCUGCCCAUCGCCCCUUUGGGGGGUCAAUAAACCCGUACCACAGUCUGGCCCCCACCAUAGGAAUGUGGAAUAUCCACUCUUGGCUCAGGGAUGUAAACAGGAGAAGGGGUCGCCCUCUCGGCACUUGUUUUUUGUUGUUGUUGCUGCAGACUCCGUUCCUCGUGCUCCCACCACUCGAAACUGAACUUGUCGAACACGCCGCGCGCGUCAGAUGAUUGGUAAAUUGACGAGUCUGGGGGGGUGGGCUGACGAGUUACCUCUUGAGGUCUGAAGUACGUAAACCCUUUUCACGAUCUACCACACAUUUCCACCUCGACGUUAUCAAACGCGGAAUAUGAUUCGCUCUCACCUUUUACGGGUGACCGAGGCGCGCCGAAAUUUCGAUACGCGACCCUCUUCUUCGCGAUCGGCGCACCCACGCUGCUUGGUGGUGACGUCGCUGUCGUCGUUUGCAGGGGGGGGCCAUUUGCAACGUAAGUCGUGUAGUCCCCUCCGUGGCCCGUGGGCCGUAGCAGGUUACCCCACCCCCUCCCGGCGCAAAAACUCACGUGGGCUUCACCGACAAGCCUCAACGUUUAUAGCACAAAACUGCGGCCGACUUUAUGAACUUAAGCACAAAACGUUUCUAUGGCAGUUGGUUGACGGUGGUCAGGAGUUUGUGGCGGCGGCGGCGCAUGGCAAAAGCACGCUCCCCGUUCGGCCCAAUAGACCCUGCGUGCGUGAUGCAGUAGCGUGGCCUUUCAUUGGCCUGUCGGUGUUACCACCGCUAGCAACGCUUCAAAAGGGGAAAGCCAAACGCGACGUCGAGCCGCGCCCGACGCCUUGAACUGCCUUUGCGUUUCACCGUUGUUAGCGAUCAUCAGCAUGGCAGAAUGGGCCUUUGCCUGUCUGCCACCUUGUUCACGUGGCGUCCACCUGCCGAAUCUGGGGGGGGGGGUGUGAUUCAAUUUAAGAAUCAACAUUUUUUUCUCGGCAUCGCUGUGAAUGUAGCGGUCUCGAGUGGCUGCGGUGAGUUGACGUGUUGGACCUAUUUCGUAGGACGAAUCGACAAAACGUCGACUUGACGCACGCGCGCGCCGUCCAUUGCAGGCAAGCGAACGCCGUGAGCUUAAGACAAUCGAUAUAUUGAUCCACACCAGUGCAUCGCGAACUCUCCCAGCCGACGUGUUCACACCCAGCGCCCCCUUGACUUUGGCGUCUCACGAUGCCUUGUUUGGCCCCGUGCGCUCGUGUCGAGUGCGGGGAGCUGCGUUCUUGCUGCCGACUCGAGCCUGGUGGUGGUGGUGGUGAACGCGUUGUGAACGCUCGCGGCUCGCGUCGAUCAAGGGCCUGGGUUCAAUUCCCGUCUCGGUGCGCCUUCCCGCUUGGGGUUUGUGCAUUCUUCACUAACCGCCCCCCCCCCCCCCCCCCGCGCCUGCUCUGCGUGGGUUUCCUCCUCGUUCUCCGAUUUCCCCCCGACCAUCGCGAAAAGAAAAUGAACAAUGCAACCGGUAUCGGCCAAACAUCCCAAUGCUGAAACAUUGCCUGCAUAUUUACUGGCAGGCAACAUCGUCCCCUUUUUGCAAAAAACUUUACAGCUGAUUUUUUUUAUGUCUGUGUAUGUUGAACUUCUUUUGCACCAUACGUAGCCAACCGUGCUAAUCGUAGGUGCGGGGGGGAAGGACAAAAAACGUAAGCACAAAACGCCGUUCUAAAGGAAUGAGUGUCAAUCUAAAAUCUAGAUGAUGAUUUCAAAGUGCACCGCUCCAGUGGCCCCUAAUAUAGGAAGGAAGAGCGUUCCAGACGGCCGCAGAAGCACAUCUGAAAGCGCCGCGCGAUGCGGUGACCGUCUUUUGUUUCAAUGGUUCGCCAAAAGCCGCCGCUGUUCCGAGGAUGACCGGAGUCUUUGAGACUCGGGGGGGUGGGUUCCUGGAAAACAAAAAAACACUGUUGUGUCUUUAAAAGUUCUCGAUCUGACAUCUCGUUUUGAUUGGGGACAGACAGAUGACUCGCUGCUCCUCGAGAGGGGUGGCCUGAACUCCGCACUUUUAUCUCACGGAGCUCUCGCGUUUUUCUUUUUUCUAAGGACACGGGUCGCGGUUACCAAUGAGUGGCAUCUGCGAUUUCUCCCAGAGGCACUCCGAGCGGCAGCUGCUCUUUCACAGAAAUGCUUCCGAGUAAUCGGUCAAGACAGCGCCGCGGACAAAGUAAAGUUUCGGUGUUUCUACCGACCGAGCGAACGUUUCUUAUUGCACGUGCGCAUCGCUCGCGUGAAAGUGUUGGCAGGGCCUUGGCUUCCAAUGCUUUAUGUUGGAACCAAAUGUUCUCGAAAAGAAAACGCAGUUUCCACUAACGCUAAGCAGGCCCCACGCGUCCAGUGAUGAGAAUUGCAUUGAAUUGCUUGCGGAAGAGGGAGGCGGUAGUGAUGGUGGCAGUGGUGGCUGCGAUACUGGUGAUGUCGACAUUGAUGGGUGUUGGAGGUUGACGGUGGAGUAGAUGGGGGUGGUGAUGAUGAUGGUGGUGGUGGUGACAUCACCGCUCCAGUGACCAAAGACGGGUGGCCGUUUCUGCCCACUGCGACGUGUUUGAGGAAAUAAUUUUUAACCGAAUCUGAAACCGCAAACUGCCACUUGUGUAAUUUUAAGAGCGGCAGAUUUGUUGUUUUGCUUCUGUAUCUUUUGUGUUGUAAACCGCUCGCUUAACGAUCGUAUUUUCUCACUUGAUCAUUUUAGAGACGGGCGUUAUAUACUUGUGAUUGUACUGGCGUGGGGGGUUCAUUUGGUGGGGGGGAGUGGGGUAGCUUCUGAAAUUGCCCCCCCCCUCCUCAUUCCUGAUUAGCCCCCCCACCGUCCCUGGUUCUUUAACUUAACCACUGGUGUUGCGACAAGAAAUGAUAUCACUUUAUAAACCAAAAAAAAGUAAAAAAUCAAUGUUUUUUGUUCAAAACUUUAAUGUGCAUUUCGUUGUGUUUUAGUCCGUGGUUGUCGUCAUGCAUCUAGGAUUUCCUCUGCCUUAAUACGAGAGACCUGCAACGAGAGACAGAAUGAGAACGCCCUCGCUCCGUGGGAGGUUACUCCUGCUCUUCUGCUGCCCCCACUGUCUGGAAAUGCCCCCGCCCCCCACCAGCCAUCCGUGCUGACGACUCCCUGCUCGAGAUUUUCCUCUUCUACUUUGCCUACAAUUGAUGGCCACUCUCUACAA